AUGACUCGCUUCCAAUUUGGGCGCCGACGUUCUGUAAACAAGAAACCACAGGGGCAAGAUGAACGGACCCCAGAGGAGCGUGAUCUGGUUAGACGGCUUGAUAUAUUUCUAAUGACAUUUGGAUGCAUUUCUCAAGCCUUGGUCUUAUGCAAGUACAGAUAUCUAGAUCAGCAAAAUAUCUCAAAUGCAUAUGUUUCUGGAAUGAAGGAAGAUCUCAAGCUGUACGGCAAUCAACUGAACUAUUUCACAACUUGGUUCAAUGUCGCAUACUGCAUCAUGCUCAUCCCCUCCCAAAUUAUCAUGACCUAUGUCCGGCCAAGCUAUUGGCUUCCUGGCUUGGAAUUGGUAUGGGGACUUAUGACUGGCCUGAUUGCAAUGGCACAUGAUGCGAAGCAAGUAUAUGUGCUACGUGCAUUCCUCGGCCUCUGUGAAAGCAGCGCUUGGCCUGGCAUGAUGACUCUCUUUAUGCAUUGGUAUACUCCAACGGAGCUGGCCAAGCGUAUGGGCUUUUACCACUCUUGUCAAGCACUUGGAUCCAUGAUGUCCGGUGCUAUCCAGGCUGCAAUCACUCGCACUCUCGAUCAGAGCGGUGGUCUCGCAGGGUGGCGCUGGCUCUUUGUGAUCAACGCGAUAAUGACGGUUGUAUGGGGCUUCGCCGGAUUUUUCAUGAUCCCAGAUUACCCCAAUCGUCCGAAUCCUCGUGCCUUUUGGUUCAACAAGACGCAUGCGGAGUUAUCUAUGCAGAGAUUAAUCCGCCAUGGCCGUUCAGAGCCCAAAAAGAUCACUUGGGAUGGAUUUAGGCGCACCCUGAAAUCAUGGGUCGCGUAUGUUGUUCCGGUACUGUACAUUGCCAUGGUCCUAGCCACUUAUGGAUACGCCUACUUUUCUCUGUUCUUGAAAAGUCUGAAAAAUCCCGAUGGUACCAAACGUUGGUCAGUCGAAGAAGUCAAUGUCAUUCCAAUUGGCGGCGGUGCCAUGAAUGUGGUAUUCGUAUGGGUAUGGGCAUUCCUCUCGGAUUGGCUCCGAACUCGAUGGACUCUCAUCAUUGCCCAAGCCAUCAUCGCCUUAGUUCCGACUAUCAUUAUGAGCAUUUGGACUCGCCAUCCUGAUACUGUGGGCCUGGGCGCAGCAUACGCCAGCUAUUUUAUUCUGUACAUGACACUCGGCACUGCUCCUUUGAUAAUGUCAUGGCUGUCCGACCUGAUGCCGCAAGACCCAGAAGCCCGGACAUUGAUCGUCGGGUAUGCUAUUGCUGGCUACUAUGCCAUUGCCGCUUGGAGUCAGGUCCUUAUCUGGCCAGCAAUCCAAGCGCCAUACUACAAGCACGGUUGGCAGUCUUCAGUAGCGAUGUGCGCUGUGGUAAUCGCCAUGACAUGUGUGCUUCGAAUCGUUGAUGUCAAAUAUAUGCGGUAUGUCGUGCUGAAUGGUCAUUUCUGA